UCGAUUGAUCUUCGAUAGACUCUUCACAAAGUGGAUUAACAGUUAUAUUUUGCAUGCGCAAAACAAAUAAAGUAAUUUAAUUCUUAAAGUGGUAAGUGCACGCUGCAUGGCCAUCGCCACAAGAUGGACACAGAGGAGAAGCCACAUUGGGCGACCGAUUCGGAGCCGCAGCUCGAGAUUCAGACUGAACCGGACUCGCAGCCGCAAUCGCAACAGCUGACGGAUGACCUGCUGAAAGAAACGCCAUCACCGGCAGUGCCCAUGCGGCGUCCACGUCGCCUGGCGCCACCGAUGCCGGCAGAAGAUGUGCUGCGCCGCUCCAUAGCGGACAGCCUCAUGCAGAUUGUGGUAAAUAUGGCAAAUGUCGAGUACCGGCGACAAUGUUGCGAGAUUUUGCAGGUGAGCGAGCUGGCGCACGAGGCCCAUGACAAGAUUCUGGCCGCCCUGCAGCGCAUAGACGAGCAGCGGCCAGCUGGUCCCAAAUGAUGGGCACUUUUUGCUAUCAUUAGUCUCUGUAUCAGUUAAACAUUUAAUAAUAAACAAUUGCUAACAA